AUGUAUGGCCGCUGCGGCGACAUCGCCAGCGCGCGCGAGAUCUUCGACUCCAUGCCCCGGAGGAACCGAUUCUCGUGGUCGAUCAUGAUCGGUGCAUAUGCCCAGACCGGGCAUGGCCGCGACGCGCUGGAGCUCUUCCAGCGCAUGGGCCGGGAGGGUGUCCGCCCCAGCAGCGUCACAUUCGUGGUGCUGCUCAGCGUGUGCGCUGAUCUGGGCGGCGCCGCGCUGGGCGAGGGCCGAGCCAUCCACGCCAAGAUCAUCGCUGACGGCCUCGCCGCGGAUCCCAUCCUCUGCAACAAUCUCGUCAACAUGUAUGGCAAGUGUGGCAGCCUGCGCGACGCCAAAGAGAUCUUCGAGAGCUUCUCGUCCGGGAGGGACGUGGUGGCGUGGACCGCGAUGAUCCAGGCGUAUGCCCAGCUCGGGCACAGCGCCGCCGCCCUGGAGCUCUUCUGGGCGGUGGUCGAGGCCGGCGAGGCCAGGCCCAACCGCGUCACCUUCAUCACCGCGCUAGGCGCGUGCUCCAAUCUCCACGAUCUGGAAGAGGGCCGGAAAAUCCAUCGCUACAUCGAUCGCUACGAAGAAGAGGAGGAGAGAAGCGAUGUUCUCGUCGCCACCGCGCUGAUCAACAUGUAUGGCAAGUGUGGCAGCGUCGAGGACGCGCGAGAGAUCUUCCAGGGGAUCUCAAAGAGGGACGUGAUCGCCUGGAACGCGAUCAUCGCAGCAAAUGCCCAGCUCGGGCACGGCAAGGAGGCGCUGGAGCUCCUCCAGCGGAUGGAUCUCGAGGGGGUCCGCCCCAACCAGGUGAGCUUCGUGAGCGCCCUCGACGGCUGCGCGAGCAUCGGCGCGCUGGCGGAGGGGCGAUCGAUCCACGCGCGCGUCCGGGCGUCGCGGAGUCUCGCGAGCACGACGCUAGGCAACACGCUCAUCCACAUGUAUGGCAAAUGCGGGAGCCUGGCGGGCGCCCGGGUGGCGUUCGAGGAGAUGGGCGGCGCCGCCGCGCCGCGGGAUGCGGUGUCGUGGGCCGCGCUGGUGGCGGCGUACGCGCGGCACGGGCGGUCCCGGGCGGCGCGCGAGGUCUUCGAGAGGAUGGCGUGGGAGGGCGUGCAGCCGUCGGGCGUCGCGUUUGUGAGCAUCCUGGCGGCGUGCAGCCACGGCGGGCUCUUGCUGCCCAGCCGGAGCUACUUCCUGGCCAUGAGUGGCGACCACGGCAUCGCGCCCUCGAUGGAGCACUACGGCUGCGUGAUCGAUCUGCUCGGCCGGCUGGGGAUGAUGGAGGAGCUCAUGGAUCUCAUCGCCGCUAUGCCCUUCGAGCCGGGGGGGAUCGAGUGGCGGAAUGUGCUGGGCGCUUGCAGGACGCAGUCGGAUGUGGAGAAUGGAUCCGACGCCGCCGAGAUUGCGAGGGAGCUGGAGCCCGAGCACGCCGCGGCCUAUGUAAUGCUCUUCGGCCUUUACAGCACGGAAGAACCCUAAUUUCCUGGGAAUUAGGGUUCU